AUGAAGAACUCAUAUAACAAUUCAACGACUCUAAUGAUUAUGACUCUGUUGAUCUUCCUCUGUCUUGGAGCAGCAUUUGCUUCUUCCAAGGAGUUCAAACCAACCUUUGUUCCUGGUCAGGAUGGUCCAAAGCUCACCCAAAAAACUUCAAUAUUCGAAAAGAUCCAACAGCAACUACCUUCCAGCGAAAAUGAAAGUGAUUCCGCCAUGCCAACGUUAUUUUCGGAUCACCUGGUCCAAAAGGAUUCCAUUGAGCAGUUUGCUGCCGAUGUGCACAAGGUUUUGGUGGAACUGCGUGGGGAGGAGUACGACCCCACGGUCAACAGUGCCUUUCACAAAGCAAGACGUCCUACCUUUGCCGUUACCUGGAAUCAUGACAUGUGGGAUGCUCAUACAUCGAGGUGGCGCUUUGUCAGUUCGAUAGUCUACUGGCAUCAUUCGGCUCUGGCCAAACGCGUCGCCCCUCAACUCACAACCCUCAUGCUCUGGACGCUCUGUGGGAUUGGCAUUGUCAAGACCCGCACAACGCCCUUGUCUCAUAUCGAUCUACCCAUGACGAGUUUAUCUCUACUUUCCGGUUUUGUGGCUUCCCUCCUUGCCCUGAGGUGCAACCAAGGAAUGGAACGCAUGUUGGAAGCUCGGCAGGCCUUUGGGAAGGUUGUCUUUUAUUCCCGAGAUCUUGCGUCUGUCGUCAAACACGAAUUGUAUCCAUUGGCACCCAAUACCGCUCUCAAGUUGGCUCGUCACCUCAGCAUCUUUGCCUGGUUGUUGAAGAAUUUCCUACGAGGGACCAAAGCCAGCGGAAGUGACGAGGAUCUGAUUCGCACCAUGCUGCCCUGCAAGGCGGAUGCCGAUUUUGUCUUGGUCCAACGCAAGAAACCAGUGGCCGUCACGGGGCGACUGCGUCAGGCCAUGCACACCUUGUGCGAUCACUGCAACAUUUCCGUGGCCGACGAAUUGGGGAUUGACAUGAGCAUUCAAUACUUGGAGGAAUCCAUCAUGCUGACGGAACGAAUCGUCGCAUCGCCCAUCCCGCCCUUGUUUACUUCUCAUGCCAGUAGGCUGUUGACAUUUUACUUGUUCUUUUUGCCUUUGGCCUUGCAAGGAAGCGGAUCAUUGACUCCCAUUGGUACCUUUGUCACCGUUUUGGCGGUGGGAUAUGCCAUGUUGGGUUUGGAUGAGAUAUCCUAUCUGAUGGAACAGCCCUUCAAGUUAUCACCGUUGUAUCACUUGGCAAAGAAAGCCAUGCGAGAUGUGGCAGAUCAAUUUUGUCUGAACAUGCCGUCACUGAUACACGAAGAAAAUGAGAAUUAUCGGCCGAUAGCCCCGCCGUAUUGGACGAAUGACAUUGGACAGCACGAUACCUUUGAACCCACCAUCAAUAGGACGAACCCAGUCUUAUUUCAGGGCACCAGCCAGUUUCAGGGAACUGGAUCACCACCAUCGACAAAUUCUUGA